CGAAGUGUCAAACAUUCUGCAGGUCCACUACAGUCACUAGAUCCUGACAGGAUGUCGACCCCAGCACAAGCCAUAGUAGAUACCAAACCAGUCGGAAGGUGGCAGCAUAUGCACCAACGAAGGUGUCCCUAUUGUUUCGGCAGUGGUGGUUGAGUAUUGGAUGUAGCAAACAGCACCCAUCGGGGCACCUGGCUCUACGUGGCACCUGCUUGCUGGCAUGUUCAAACAGCUCAAGCUGAUUCAGGUAGCUGUAGCUCUCUAUUUUAUAUUUGACCUAUGCCGACAUGCUUGGACCCCUUCGUCAAGCGCGGUUCCUGCGGCCUUCUUGGGCCCCUUCUUGGGCCCCACGUCCACCGUUCUGCGCGCAGCAGGGUUGGUGGGGGCGAAGUGUUUCCAGCGGUGGAAGCAGCUCCAGCACUGCUAAUCCGGAACGGAUGGGCACCUGUGCAGAGUUAGGCUGUGGCCCAUCAGCAUUGUCUGGACAUUCCAAGUCAGGUGAUGUCUUGGGGCUUACUAAUGAGAAGAAGACCUUGUCAGGCAAUGUGAAGCCUCCAGUGGUGGUACCAGGGGACGAGUUUGCCACGAACCUUCAAUCUGCUGAAAUGAUGUUGAGUGAAUGCAGAUUUGGAGAAGCUUGGGGCUUCAGCACUCGUGCUUUGUUGGUGCACAGCUCUGGCCGUGGUCGUCGCAUCAAGCCUUGGGAACGAGCGAUUUGCUACUUACUGCGAGCUGAGGCCUUGUUGGAUAUGGGCGCCCCGCGCCGAGCCCUAACGGAAUUGCACCCGGCGAAGGAGUUGCUAGAACGUGGCCGACAGGGAUGGCCCACGGAAGCCUUGAAGCGGAUCGAGGAGGCAGAUGCAAGGUACCAUGCACGGAAGGAGGAGAAUGAUCAGCAGCGCAUUGAAAAAGAGAAUGCCAAAGUGCCUGUUACAGUGAUCACCGGCUUCUUGGGAAGUGGCAAGACCACCUUGCUCAACAGGAUCUUGCGUGAACAACAUGGCAAGCGCAUCGCCGUGAUUGAGAACGAAUUUGGUGAGGUGGGAAUUGAUUCCAUGCUGGUGGAGCAAGCGGAACGCACCACCGAGACCAUCGUUGAAAUGAACAACGGCUGCAUUUGCUGCACCUUACGUGGCGAUUUCAUUGAAGGAAUGCAGAAGGUGCUGAAAGAUGUUCGAGCUCGUGGCAGUCACCUGGACAGUGUCUUUAUUGAGACAACUGGCUUAGCCGAUCCUUCACCGAUUGCUUCCACAUUCUUCUUGGAUCCAUUCAUGCAAGAGAAUUAUCGUUUGGACUCCAUCCUGGGUGUUUGCGAUGCCAAGCACUUGUUGUCCCAAUUGGAGGCCAAGCGUGAGAAGUCCUGUGUCAAUGAAGCCUCCGAACAAGUGGCCUUUUCCGAUCGCUUGCUGUUGACGAAAACGGAUUUGUGCAGCGAGAUGGAAAUCAAUGGAGUGCUGCAGCAUUUGAAGCGUUUGAAUCCCUUUGCGCAGGUUUUACCUUUGAACCUUAAAGAUGUCGAAACGCCACUUCCAGUGGAGCAGUUGUGUGAUGUGAAGGCCUUUUCCCUGGACAAAGCACUGGACUUCGAUGCCACCUUCCUGGAGGAAGAUGACCACACACAUGACGGCACGAUCCAAGCCUUGGGGGUGAAGUUAAAUGGUGUUCUUCACCAAGAGAAGCUCAACGUUUUCUUUGCUGCGGUCUUGAAACGCUAUCCGAAGGAGAUGUAUCGAAUGAAAGGCACAGGGGCAGAACAGCGGACUUUGCGGCCUACUGUUUGUUGUAGGAAAGCCCCCUGAACCAGCGGAUUUGCGCGUUUUUCUUCUGCUUUAGCCAGGGCAGGGGGGGGUGCAUAACAUUUCCACGCCCACGACGAGAGGGCCAUUUUCAUAUUAGGUGGGAAAACAACAUUAAACAACCCGAAGACACCAACUUGUCUUUAAAUUCGCAGGAAAAUAAAACACAUGUGGCCGAAGGUAUCUUGGAUGUGAAAGGCAUUCCUGAGCGUUACAUCUUUCACGCGGUGAACUGUCAUUUCGGUGGGAUGCCACAAGGCUCGUGGCCAACGGAGGAACGGCAGAGCAAGGCAGUGUUCAUUGGCAAGGGGAUUGAUCAUGCUUGGCUGGUGGAGGGUCUCAGAAAUUGCUUUGUCGAUCCCAAAGAAGGCUUCUUGGAGAGCAACGUCAAGUCCGCACAUGAGUGAAUUGAAGAUGCGACGCGCAAAUGUCUACUAAAUAAUGUUUCUUCACACUUUGUGUACAAAGAUCAAUUACGAUGGAGAUGCCAGAAUGUCGUUGCAGACGACUACAUCAAUAUCAUCAAUGAGAGUGGUGUGGACGCUUAGAAGUUUUGUUGGCGAUGCGAGGGGUGGCUUCAAAGACACAGCGUGGGUGCAUUUUUCAAGAGAGCAA